AUGGGCGGAGUGGAGGUUAAGGAAAGCCCGCGCCGCUUGCCACCCGCUUGCGUCCUGGCACUGCGGCACCCCUGCGCCGUGGAGCUCCACUCUGCAGCGCCCUUGCAGUCCUUUGUCCGCGGGCCCGUCUAUCCUGCCUCGUUGCACUGCUGCAGACUCCGAGCCCGGCUGCCCUUCUGCGCGCUUCUCUCUGUGUCCAGGGAGCCCCUUCGCGCUGGAUCCCAGCGCCAGGCCAGCCUGGAGCGACUCUGCGGGGCGCCGACCUUCACCUCGAGGCGCCUCCGCGUGGAGCCGUCCCGAGACGGAGAGGCUGGCCACGCCACAGCUGUUCUCAGCACACCCGCGUUGGAAGAGGAGUUGGGGGGCGGGGAGCGGAGUGAGAUGAUGGGUUGGGCUUGGAAAUCGUCAGUCACGGGUCUGGACAGGGCAAAGAGCUCGCCACCAGGAGACUCCUUCGAGGGCCCCGCCGCUGCCGCCCUGGCGCUCCCCGCGGGCCCCGGCGAGGCCGCCUGCGCCCUGUGCCAGAGUGCGCCCCGCGACCCGGUGCGCGCCGACUGCGGCCAUCGCUUUUGCCGGGCGUGCGUGGUGCGAUUCUGGGCGGAGGAAGACGGGCCCUUCCCGUGUCCCGAGUGCGCCGACGACUGCUGGCAGCGCGCCGUGGAGCCCGGCCGCCCGCCGCUCAGCCGCCGCCUGCUGGCGCUCGAGGAGGCAGCUGCGGCGCCCACGCGCGACGGCCCGGCCUCGGAGGCGGCGCUGCAGCUGCUAUGCCGCGCCGACGGGGGCCCGCUGUGCGCAGCUUGCCGCAUGGCCGCGGGGCCCGAGCCACCCGAGUGGGAGCCCCGUUGGAGGAAGGCGCUGCGCGGCAAGGAGAACAAGGGGUCUGUGGAGAUCAUGAAGAAAGAUCUGAAUGAUGCUCGGGAUCUGCAUGGCCAGGCUGAGUCCGCUGCUGCUGUGUGGAAGGGACAUGUGAUGGACCGGAGGAAGAAGGCACUGACUGACUACAGGAAGCUUCGGGCCUUCUUUGCCGAGGAGGAGGGGCGAUUCCUACAGGAAGCAGAGAAAGAAGAAGGGUCUCCGGAGGAUGAGGACGAGGACCCAGCGGAGAGGUUCAGGUCUCUGCUGCAGGCUGUGUCGGAGCUGGAGAGGAGGCACCGCAACCUGGGUCUCAGUAUGCUGCUCCAGUGAAGUGCUGCUUGCCCAGGCAGCAGGCGGAGGAAGCUGUUAACCAUCCCUGGCCUGAAGCAGCUCCUCCCUCUGCCUCCUUCUGGACCCCUUGCCAUCCUUCAAGACACCCCCAGCCCUGCGUCUUCUCCUAGGUGAAUAUGUGGACUGUGAACUCGAGAUGCCCACCUGGGGUUGCUGACGACAGUGGUCUGCCGCAGAAUGUUUGUGUUCCCUUUUCCUCUGGGUGUUCAUGUUUCCAGGCUGUAAACAUUUCACUGUAGAGAUCUGUAUUGGGGGUAAGUUAACCCCAGUGUAUCCUGACUCCAUAAAGUUCUUUUUGUUGGCCCAA